AGAAAUAAUGUGAACUUGCUUGCCACUCGAGUUUUUGUCGAGUUGACAUGAGGUUAGUGUAUUAGCGUGUGCAUUACCUGUUUGUGAACGUGUUCUUGGAGUAUAUUUGUGUGGAACAUGCCGAUACUUUGUUGUAAUCAGGCCUAACUGAUCGCAAAGAUGGAAUCGAAGGACGGAGCAGUCGAAACACACUUGCCGAUGAAGCCAUUGCUCUCCAAUUUUAACACCGCGAGAUUCUCACUCUCAGCGAGAUUACCUAGUCGCUCGCUCAGUGAACCGGCUUCUUUGAACGGUGCGAAAACUCCAGAAAAACGGAAUUCUUCAGGAUCUGCUAUGGAGGAGGAAUUAAAAUGCCCGGUAUGUCGGAGAUGGUACUGCAAACCGCUUUUGCUUCCGUGUACACAUUCUAUUUGUACUGCAUGCGCGGUUGCGGGACAGGAACCCUCACAGAGUUUGGUUCCUCAUCCCGUAUCCGACGAGGGUCAAGCAAAUGGUCCCGUUAUCCAGGAUGCGGAUAAUUAUCCAGAAAUUGACAAAUUAAGUAUGGUCAGUGAAGCGGACAGUGGAGUCGUGUGUAAUAGUCGACCAAAUAGUUAUCUGGGAACACCGAGUGUGUCAAAUAUAUUCACCUCCUCGGCCCUUCAGAGCUGCCCCUACGGAUUGCGGUGCCCCGUGUGUAAUAAGAUUGUACUAUUGGAUGAUUUCGGGGCCCUGUCUCUACCAACAAAUAAGGUCCUGGAGGCAAUAGUGGAGAAAUAUACUCAAAACAAACAACCGAAAAAGCUGGAAAUUAAAUGCGAAUUGUGCGUUAAUGGGGCCGAUAUUGCGACAGCAAUGUGCGAACAAUGUGAGGUCUUUUAUUGUGAUACAUGUCGCGAUAAUUGUCACCCUUCUCGGGGUUCCCUGGCUAAACACAAUCUAGUGGACCCGACCCAAGGCAAAAAUAUUCUACAAUCAAAAAGGAAAAGAAAGGAAGCUAAAUGUAAAGAACAUUCAGAAGAAUUAUUGAGUAUGUUUUGCGUGGGAUGUAAAAUACCCGUUUGUUAUGUAUGUUCUCAGGAUGGUCGCCAUAUAAAUCAUGAUGUACAGUCUCUUAGUGCGAUGUGUAAAGCACAGAAGAAUGAACUCUCACAGAAUCUACAAACACUGUCGGAGAAAGCCAAGUCAGGUACAGAAUUUAUACAGAGAUUGAAAGCCAUGGCAGAAAAAAUAAAUGGCAACUGUUCAGAAUUUGAAGCAACAGUAAUUGCUCAGUGUGAUGCGUUAAUUGAACGAAUCAAACUACGGAAGAUAGAACUACUCGCUAGCGUGAAAGAAGAAAAAGACAUGAAGACAAUGACUAUGAAAGAACAAGUGUCUGAUUGUACAGGACUACUACAGAGAACGACUGGGUUGUUACAGUUCUGUAUUGAAGUUUUAAAAGAGAGUAAUCCCUCAUCGUUUCUACAGAUCUCGACUGGUUUAAUAGCAAGAGUCGCCCAAGCUGAUUGUAAUUUUAAUAAAGAAAUGGAACUCGCUCCCCGCGUGUCACCGGAGUUUGAGCUAACACUCGAUAACACACCAUCUAUCAGAUCAAUAGAAAAUAUGAACUUCUUCCAAAUGAAAGCUCCUGGUCAACCUAGUAUCAUCCCGGAAGAAUGUAGUGCAGAGAAUAACAGUGUUACGAUUGCCUGGCAGCCAUAUUCUAAUAGUGUGGUUGAAGCGUACACGUUAGAAUUAGAUGAUGGAAACGGUGGUGAUUUCAGGGUUGUUUACGUUGGAAGAGAAACAAUAUGUACUGUUGAUGGCCUCCAUUUUAAUAGUAUUUAUAAUGCUAGGGUUAAAGGUCACAAUCAUGCCGGGGAGAGUCCCUACAGUGAAAUCGUCUCGUUACAAACUGCUGAAGUUGCCUGGUUCACCUUUGACCCUAUCACAACUCAUCAAGAUAUAAUCUUUGCGAACAAUAACCAGAGUAUCACAUGUAAUAGCUUCGAUCAUCGUGUGGCACUCGGCAGUGUAGGAUUCUCCAAGGGUAUACAUUACUGGGAGGUUCAUAUAGAUCGUUAUGACAGUCACACGGAUCCAUCUAUUGGUAUCGCAAGAUUUGAUGUUGAUAAAAACCAAAUGCUAGGUAAAGAUGAUAAAGCUUGGAGUAUGUACAUCGACAAUCAACGAAGUUGGUUUAUAAAUCGGGACGAACAUACAAAUCGUACAAAUGGUGGAAUCAACCCAGGCAGCGUUAUCGGCAUGUUAUUAGACUUAAAUCAACACACACUCAGUUAUUUUAUAAAUGACCAGCCACAUGGACCAAUCGCAUUCACCGAUUUACAUGGAGUCUUCUUCCCAGCUGUCAGCAUCAAUCGUAAUGUCCAAGUAACGUUACGAUCCGGUCUCGAACCACCAGUCGAAAGCGAGGGAAGUGAAAGUGAUGAAGAAUAAUUUAUUAUAAUAUAUAAUCUCAUUUAAAUAAAUUAAUAUUUUAAUUUAGGCACGUCUCUAAUUUAUGUAGGCAAUAAAGAGAAAAUAGUUUAGUUUUCUAUCAUUUUUUUGUAAGUUUCAAUGUUUAUUUUAGCUGAUUUUUGUAAGGGCGACCUUUGGCUGUCAAUUAUAGUCAGUCAGGACUAUCAUUAGAACCAGCAAUAUGGCGGUGCCAAUGUCAGUUGUAAUGUCUGCCAUAUUUUCUAGUAUUUACUCAUUUUGGGGACUUUUUUAGAAUUAAGUAGCAUCUACAGACCAGCCUAAUAAUAGUUGGUACAAAAUGCUAUUCGUUUGUAGAUACUCGGACCAUAUUAUGACAAUCGAAGCAACCAAAGGUCCCUCAAAGCUUUUAAGAUAAUUAUUAUACCAUGAACUCAAGGUCAUUGUAUAUUGUCUCAUUAACAACUACCUCAACAAUAACAUCAUACUCAGAACAACAUUGGUCUGUAUCCACAAGAGUUGUUUAAAGAUUUUGAGACAGGGGUUUUAAUUCAGUCUAUUUCACCAGUCAUUAUCUGACCAGUGAUUUAGAGACAGGGCUUUUAAUUUAAUUCAGUUCAUUUCACCAGUCAUUAUCUGACCAGUAAAUAAAACGUCUACCUCUGGAAAAUUAUUCAAUAAUUAAAUUUAUAAACUUUUAUUUAAGAUAUGGAAUACAGGAUUCAAUUUGUGGUAUUUUUCUCUUCAUGUUUGGUUUGUUACCAGCAAGAAAUAAUACAAAAUUAUUUCAGGAAUAGAUUUGUAUCUGGAACAUGGCUGGCACAAUGGUUUCUGAUUGAUAUAUUACAUUAAAUGAUCUGUAGCACUUCCUUAAAAGAGUAAAAGGAGUUUGGCCAACUACAGGAUUCAAUUUGUGGUAUUUUUCUCUUCAUGUUUGGUUUGUUAGCAGCAAACAUGGCUGGCAAGAUGGUUUCUGAUUGAUAUAAUGUUAUAUUAAAUGAUCCGUAGCACUUCCUAAAAAGAGUAAAAGGAGUUUGUCCAACUACUACCAUGGUUGUUACACAGUCUGUAUGUUUAAUAGAAAGGGAGCCACUGUGGCUAAGUGGGUAAGAUGCUGGCUCACUAGCCUGUAGGUCACAUGUUCGAUCCCUGCAUUGGGCGAGAUAGUGCAUCAGGAUUUUCCAGCGUGGUUUCCCCAGGCCAAUGAUGCAUGCCGGACGGCCUGACAAAGACAGCUGUCUAUUCGUUUGGAUGGGACGAAAAACCGAGGUCCCGUGUACACAUUGGCAUGCAUGUAAAAGAUCCACUAGCAGUUGUCGGGGCAAAAUUUUCCUUAUAGCACACUCUAUGGCGUAUGCCCGUCUUCAUUAGCCCAGUCGGAGCAGAACAGUAGGACGUUAAACCCCAUUUCAUUUUAUAGAUAAACAACAGAAGAAAAAUCACAAUUAAGACAAAAGUUGGUCAGACUCUCUCUAUAUACAGUCGAACAAAGAAGUUACUGGAUCACAGAGUGACAUGAAUUAAUAUCCAAUUAAACGGGCAUUAUUUAAAAACUAAAUCUGACGAUUGCAGGUUUUUCUUUGACCUUAAAUGUUAUAUAAAUUAUUAAUUAGACAUUUAUUAACAUGAGAAGACCAUUUCAUCAGAUGGCUCUGAUUUUAAGUAGAUUAGAAUGGUUCGGCCAUUUAAUGAUUGAAUUUAAAAAUGGAGAAGCAGUACUAAGACUUGAAUAACCAGUACGGUGGUUACGAUCAAUGCACACAUCUUGUCAAAACUACAACUAUUGAUAAAUUUGCUCAAAAUAAAGUAAUAAGAAUGAAAUUUUCAAUAUAUCUAUUUUUGAAAUAAUGUAGUAAGAAUGGUCAGCGCUUUAUUUAAAUCUUACAUAAUGCCCCUUUAAUUUUAAAAAUGAUUUGUUUUAAUUUUAAAAAUGAUUUGUUAUUAUAUACAAUGAAAUCAGUAUAAAGGCAGGAAUAUCGUAACUUUAUACAAGAGAAUAAUAUACUCUUGGUAUUUUUAUACUCAUUAUAAUAAUUACAAUUAUUCACCAUCGCUCAGGUUUAUAAAAUAGACCAAUUAAAAUGCUCCAAUCUAUCACAGGGGUUUGAUACAUGGAUACAGGUAGGCAAGCGUUAUAGGUGGAAUAUAAUUAAUGACUACGAAGAAACACAAUGUCAUCUGACCUAUCUAAUUGUCAGUGUACAUGCAGAUCUCGAGUUGUUGGUUCUUUCUUUAGUUAACCAAAUUGUGUGAUUGAAGAACUUGUUAAUUGUAUGAAGCCCCUGUGAUGUGUGACAUUCACUGCCAUAUAUUGUUCUAUACACCUCAAGUUGUGGACAUUAAAUGUAACAACACAGUGUCUUGUGGUCCUCGGGUGCAGGUAUUAUUCAGGUACAUAGUUUCCAUCUCAUCUGAUCUGAGGAAUAUACGACGUCUCAGCCACGUUUAAACUUUUAAGACAGGAACGUGUUGCGUUCACUUCACACGUACUAUAAGCCAAACCAGUUUAAUGAUUCUGACCUCUUCGCUCGGAGGUUAGAGUUAACUACGCAUGGUUAGCUUCAUAUUCUUUAUCUUGUUCGUGCACGCUUUCAAUAACAGUGGCACUGCAUGACGCUGUUCAGAUGACCAAGAUGAGCCAGUUUAUAAUAAAAAGCCUUCUCGAAGACAAGUCGCGAGCUGGGUUUUUUAAACUGGUUUAUUUGCCCCAUAUUUGCUUUCAGACGACAAAGUUAAACUGGUUUAAUGAUCCCUGUUUUUUUUUAAACCAGUUCAACUUAAGCAUCUGAAUGGGCUAUUAUCGACCAUUUACAUUUUAAACCCUGUGAGUGGAUGGGUAAGUUGUGGACUGCAAUACACUGUUUUAUCCCAGAGGCUUUAAUGUUGUUACGACAGUCCUGAACGAACUCACUGUAUCACGUGACACAGUUGCUCCAUAUAAAAAUCUAACUUACUUUUAUUUUUUUUUUUUUUAGUUCUGUAUUUUAUUUUAUAAAAGUGCCUUUGUUAAUAUCAACGUGAAGUAUUUAUUAAAAAAGUUUUUUUUGUAUGUGUGUGUGGUCAUUUUCAAAUAUUUGUGUGAAUUUAGAAAAUGAAAUGAUGUGACAUGAUCGUAAUAAAUUAAGUAAAAAGUAAAAUUAUUUAGUAUUUGUGUAUAUUAAUCACUUGACAAUUAGAUUUUUUGAAAGAAUUGUAAAUUACUAGUCAUACAUUGUAAAUAGCCUUUAUUAUAUCGUGUCGUUAAACUCAGUGCUAUAGAAGUUGAAAUAGAUCUUGCUAAGGCCAAAACAAUAUAAUUUUUAGUUCGUCAGGGUUGUGAUGAGUAAAAAUAUCAACUGUAGAAAUAGAUUUUGAUGGAUGAUUUUGUUAAACUCAGUGCUGAUUUAUUUUUAAUAAUGGUACUUACUGUAAUACAUUUUGUUGCAGUAUUGUGAUCAGGCCGUACAAUUUUAUAGUUAGACUUUCAGGGUUUUCAUGAAUAAACAACAACCGGAGAAAUAGAUUUUAAUGGAUUAUUUUGUUAGACUUGAUACUAUAUGGAAGUUUCGACAAGCAUUUACUAUUUUUAGAGGAAGAUAUUGUAAAUCAAAUUUUGAGGCUGUCUUGAAAUGUAUCUUGAUUAAAGCCAAAUCAGUUUGAUUUUAGUCCUGGGUUUAUGGGUUUCAUGAACAAUGUUUUGUUUCAAAUUUAAAACCUCUGAGUAGAGUAACCAAGUAUUUUUUAUUUUAUUUUUGUUCCUCCCAAGAAUUGGAAAGUAAAAUUUUAAGAAAUAUUUCUGAAGAACAAAACUUUAAAUAAAGGAACUGAUCAUAUUAAAAAAAAUUUGUAAUCUUGAAAUAUAUGGAUUGAAACAAUCGUUUUACAAUUCUCACUUUGAAUGUGAAAUUAUUUGAAGUUAUUUAAAUUCCCACCAUGUAAAAUGUUGGAAUUCUAAAACCUCUGAAGUUCUACUUGUAUAUUAAGAUUCAUUUUUAAAUAGCCUGUACAUUGGAAAUAAGCUCUGGAGAUAUAAUAUGAAUUAUGAAGAUUAAAUGAAACUUGGAAUAAGAUUGUUAUUUGUGUAUUUUCUAGAGAUAUUGUAUAAAUAGAUUGAUGAUGCUAUAAAUAGAUUGAUGAUGCUAUAAAUAGAUUGAUGAUGCUAUAAAUAGAUUGAUGUUUUAAAGUUAAAGAUGAUGUAUAUAUUUUUAAGUAGAUCUAGAUUUGAUGGUGGGGUUGACAUGACAACAGUUUUUAUAAUAUCAUCAUUUCAUUUGUUUAAAUAUGUAAUAAACCUAGAAAAUGAGGGACGCUUUAACUUGUGACGCAGAUUGUGUUCGUGUUUUUUUAAAGGUCUGGGGCCUUAUUUAGGAAAAUUUAAACUAAUUUAAGUAUGCUGCCUUUUCAUUGGUUGAGAGUUAAAAUCCUAGCCAAUGAAAAGGUUGCUUUCAUGAAUUAAGGCUCCUGGUGAUUAUUUCUCUUGUAAUCAUAAACUGGGAUAUUGGUGCCGUGAUCUUAUUAAUAUCUUAUUACUGGAGAUUACGAGUUUUGUGACUUUUUUUGAGUCAUGUUUUGUAAUUUCAAUAUUUUGCAUCAAAUCUUGAGUUACUUGCAGCAUUAACACGUAGUAAAAAUGAUCUAUCAAGUCUGGAAUUCACAUUUUGACCCUUGUUCACUAAAAACACAAUUCUUUUAAAACUGGAUUUACAUAGGAUUAUUAAAAUUAAAAAAACGUUAAGUCUUUAUGAAUAAGACAAUAAAUCCGGCUCUAGAUUUCAAAAUCUAAGCCAAUCAAAGCUCAAUUCUUUUAAAAUCAGCAACCGCCAUUAUUAAAUGAUGUUUGCCCGUCUCCAUUAACCUCAAUCGGUAGGACAUUAAAACCCAUUUGAUUUGAAAUUAAAACAGUUUGUGUCUUUAAGGAUAAAUCUAAACGUUAGCUAAUGAAAUGGUAGAAUAACGUGAAAAUAUCGUAGUUUAUGAUUUUUGGAGAAAUAAUCGCAUGUUUUUAGUGCUAUAAAUAGUUUGUCAUGGUAUAUAGAAUGUAUAUUUAUAAGUUUUAUUUGAUGUUCACCUCGGAUUGUACUUAAAUGUCAUAUAUGUCUUCAGGCCUAAAGUGUGCAGCAAAUAUUUUAAAUUAAUUUUGACCAAUGAAAUUAUGUUUUUAUAAUAUGAAUUAAGGUAGUUUUCCAUAUAUGCACUUUCCCGCUUAUUUUCUUCUGUUACAUGUAAACAGUCCCAUUACAUUUAAAAUUAGACCGACUUUUUCGCCGGGGAAAAACGCAUAGAUGGAAAACAGGCCUUAGACUGUAUUUGAGUCUUAAAUCAUUUGGUUUUGCUAACUGUCCUUAAAUGCCAGGCUGUCAAAACGUUUUCAUACUUUGAUUAAUCAUAAUUUAGUAUUUAAAACUUGGCUAUUGUAAUGUAUGGCAUAAAUUUAAUUGUAAAUAUAUGAACAAUGAUUUAGUGAGCAAAGAUUACAAAUUUUAUUAUUAAUUAUUUAUAUUUACAAUUUUGUAAACUUUUUGUGAAAUCUGCCCCUCCCCAUCCCCUGUUUUCAAUUUAAUGAAAUUAAAAUGAAUGAUGAAGAUAUGAAAGGAAAUGGAGUAUAUUCGUUCUAGCACUUGAGCUCCAACUCUUUCAAAUAACAUCCACGUUAUAUCUGUCUUUGUAUCAUUGGUAAAUGUAAACAUUUUAUUUUGAGUCAACUGGUGUGGUUUCGAUUCCCUGCUUGUACAUGACAAGGAGUAGGGUCGUCUGUCCAACCUGGUGGCAUUUAGGUCCUCCGGUUUCCUCCCCCUACACGCAAGAGAAUUAAUGAAAUAAAAUUGAACCAUAUGUUAGCCCUGAAAUGACCUAGUUUGUGUUGAGUGGUUGUUAAACCCCAUUACAAAAUACUAAACUGGACAUAAUUUGAGUUAACCCUUGAGUACUGGGCUGCCCAAAACCUCAAAUCCUGCUGGUGCUUCGUACUAUCGAAAGCCUGUUUUCAAUGUAGGCCUACAUGUUUCAGCGCCGUUUCCAUUGGCUACAUGGAAACAGUCCCAUUCCUUUUAAAAUUAGACAGACUUCUUCACUGUGGAAAAAGUGUAAAUGGAAAACAAGCCGUGGACUAUUUAAGGAUUGUGAACUAUUUUUGUAACUUGGAUAGUUUGAAGGAGUAGCCUAUAUUAUUAGGGAGCAGUAAUUUUAAAAUGAGCUGUAAAAGUGAUGAGUUUUUCUAUAGUUUUAUCGGGGUGUUAGAGGGUUAAUGGAUUGAUAACAUAUUACUAAUUUAAUAUCUAAAAAUCAUGAGCAAUUCAGUAUUGCUACAAUAUAUGACCCUUCACCCUGAUGAUAGAUUUUGGUUGUUUUAAAGCUUUAUGUGAAGUCAGUAUAUAUGUGAUUUUAACCAGUAUGUAAUGACCUUUGACCUUUACAUGUAAUAUUUAACAAUAUUGGUUGUCGUUUUUUUUAAAAAUAAAAUGACAAACGAUUUUUUAUCAUGCCAUGCAUCUUUUUUUUUUCUUCGUGCAAUCAAUAAAAAAAUA